AUGGCGACGGUUACGGAGAGCGUGAAAGAGACUCUCGUAGGCUACACCAAGCCUGCCGAGAUGUCUGCGGAAGUUCGCAACAACUGGUUGCAACAUGCUAAGAGCGAUGACAAAGGCGAGCUGUACAUGGACAGAGAAGCUUUCAUUGAUGCUAUUGCACCUCCUGAUGAAGACUACCACAAGAUUCCCCGCGCACAGUAUGGCGCACUCUUCCUAGUCGCAGAUCGUCGCGGCGCUGGUCGUAUCACUCAGGACGAGUACGCUGUCUUCAAUAAUACCCUGUUAAAGCCCGACGCAGCCGAAUACUUGAUGUGCUUCCGACUCUUCGAUGUCAACAACACUGGUUUGGUAAAUGUCGAAGACCUGCAGCGCAUUUACAACGAGCAGCGUGGCAAGAACAGCUUGGCCUUUGACUUCAACGGACCUUGGGCGAGUCUCUACUUUGGCGCGAAAGGUGCCCGUCAUGCUAUGACCUACGAACAAUUUGCACAGAUGCUUCGAGGCCUGCAGGGUGAGCGUAUUCGACAAGCCUUCCAGCACUACGACAGCGACAAGGACGGUCUCAUCACUCCCGAUCAAUUCGCUGCUAUCAUCAGAGAGAACCAGAGUCACAAGCUGUCAGACCAUAUUCUCGAGAACCUACCGACGCUCUGCAACAUCCAGAACGGAGCCAACAUCUCCUAUCCUGUCAUUCGCGCAUUCCUCAACAUCACGAGAGAAAUGGAUCUUCUUGAUCUUAUCAUCCGCAACGCCACCCGAAAGUCGUCCGAUGGUCGAAUUGACAAGGCCGGUUUCCUUGAAGAGGCUCAGAGAGUCACUCGUUGGUCACAAUACACUCCUCUGGAAGCCGACAUUCUCUUCCAUUUCGCUAGUCUCGACAAUCCAUCCGGCCGCUUAAGCAUCUGGGACUUCACAAAAGUCCUUGAUGCGUCCUUCCAGCUCGGUCCACGCCUCUCAGGUUUCUCCGAGAAGACUGAAGAGGCUGCCUCUGGCCUGACCAACUUUCUUAACGGCGCAGUCAAGUCUGCACACAAGUUCGUCCUCGGUUCGAUUUCCGGUGCAUUUGGUGCCUUCGUUGUGUAUCCCAUCGACUUGGUCAAGACCAGAAUGCAGAACCAGCGUGUCGUUGGCCCUGGUCAGCGUCUCUACAACAACUCUAUCGACUGCUUCCAGAAGAUCAUCCGUAAUGAAGGUUUCCGUGGUCUCUACGCUGGUCUACCGCCUCAAUUAGUCGGUGUCGCCCCCGAAAAGGCCAUCAAGUUGACGACCAACGAAAUGCUGCGACUCUCUUUCACCAACAAGGAGACAGGUCGGAUACCUGUUCCGCUAGAGAUGGUUGCCGGUGGUACUGCUGGUGCCUGUCAAGUGAUCUUCACCAACCCCCUCGAGAUUGUCAAGAUUCGUCUUCAAGUGCAAGGAGAGCUCGCCAAGAAGUCUGACGCCGUUCCCAGACGCUCUGCCAUGUGGAUCGUCAAGAACUUGGGUAUUGUGGGCCUCUACAAGGGUGCCGCCGCUUGUCUGCUCCGUGACGUCCCGUUCUCGAUGAUCUACUUUCCCGCCUACGCCCACCUGAAGUCCGACCUCUUUGGCGACGGCGUCGAUGGUAAAGAAAUCGGUGUCCUGCAGCUAAUGGUGGCCGGCGCUAUUGCUGGUAUUCCUGCCGCCUAUCUCACCACUCCAGCCGAUGUCAUUAAGACGCGCCUCCAAGUCGAAGCCCGCAAGGGUGACGCAACCUACACCGGUCUCGUCGACUGCUUCCGCAAGGUGCUCAAGUCCGAGGGCCCCAAGGCGUUCUUCAAAGGAGGCCCGGCACGAAUUGUCCGUUCCUCGCCCCAAUUUGGUUGUACCCUCGCAGCUUUUGAGGUGUUGAAGAAGCUCAUGCCCCUUCCGGCACGCUUUGACCCUGAGGCGGCCCGAGACACCGACAUCCAUGGCGCUCUGGAGCCGGGCGUCGGCCUGCGUGAGGCUAAGGCUCCGCUCCCCUACCUUCGCGCCCGCAACGCACUGAAGUUGCUCAAGGAUAUCGAUAAGGACUUCGGAAUGUACGGUGGCGUCAAAGUUCCGUCAAUGUUUGAGAAGAAGUGA